AUGGAGUGGAGUGGUGUCGGCCAGAGUUGUCGGGGCGAUCCGAGCCGAUCCAUCAAGAGGAAGCAACAUGAAGCUACAGCCUACGGGCCACCGGCGCCUCUCAUCUUUGGAGUCUGGACUCCAGAUCUGCAGGGCACGCAUAACUCAAACGACUGGGAACAGAAACAAGUGGCAAACAGGGAAUCGAUGGCUGAAGUCCGCAUCCUGUACGCUUCGCUGUAUCUGCACUAUAACCGGACCCCUAUUAGAGGUGGAGAAUGCGAGGUGGGGCAACAUUGCAGUGUACUUCAGCACGCUACGAGUGGAGUACCUCGUGCCGAUGUAACCACAGUCAUUACACCUCCUUUUCCCUUACAGUUAGACGUCCCCGUGAAGUACCACGAACUUCACUUAGAUGAAUACACAUACAAUUCGCGGGCCAAGGAUUCCUCCUCGUGUAACCCCACCCCCACGCCAACAAUUGAGGACCAACGGGCCUAUUUGUUGAGGAUGACUGUUAUCUGCGCUAUCCCGUUCGUGGACCAACCGUUCUGA